GAGCGAGACACUCAGAUCGAAACAGGUCCGGGCAUAAAUUGCAUGUCGUCUCAGUGAGGUCUGCACUAAUAAGGCAUGCAGUUACAUCAAUGACAAUUAUAUAGAUCAGUUUAUGACUCUCUACGACCCAGACGUUCACACUUGAGUGUACGUUUAAGUGAUCGUGAUCAUGUCGGUAAAUUCAAGGAAUUGAAACUGGACAAGAAAACCUCGAAUGUAUAUACCGCCAAAAGAGAAUAGAAGAGAAGAACCAUUCUCUGGAAUUUGCACAGAGAGGAACAUCGUCGUUUGUCGUAUGCGUCAAGAAUGAGAUUAACAAACAAGUAGUGAUAUUCACUACGAAGAAAGGCAAAGUGUACACUGCAUUUCAGAAUGAGGGAUGUUAGCUUCAAAACGGCCUUCGGCAACAGAUUAGUCGUCACGUGACGUGUUUCUCGAUGACUUUUGCACAUUAGCUGAUGGAUAGCCUCAUAAUCGAUAGGACCUCCUAACACCACAUCAAGCGAUCGGGAAAUGACCAGUACAGCAGUGAUUGCAAGUGUUAGCGUGGUGUCAGUGAUACUGGCAACCAUAACAAUCACCAUUCUUAUAUUCUGCCUGUAUAGGAGGAGAAAACAGGCCGGAAAUAAGCCAAAGGCUGACGGAGGGAGAUCUGGAAAGGCUCAUGGAUCCAGUACAAUGCGUUCAGACAAAAGUGAUGACCACCCCUACGAAAACCCUUCGUUGCCACGGAAACUCAAUGCGAACCUUAAAUCUUCCAAACCUGCUGAUGGACAGAAUAGCGAUCCAUAUGUAACCCUCAAAGGCCAAUCUUUGCCCCACCAAUACCAGUGGCUUGGUAACAAGGCACAACCCCCAGACGAGUCCGAGUAUGACGAACUCAUGGCGUCAACGGAAGGGAGCACCAGUGGCUACUACUUCAAACUGGAACCAGGUUCACGGGGGAAUACCGGUCUUCGACCUGGAGUGGAUCCUACAUCGACGACAACCGAUCCUGAUGAAGCGUAUGAUCUGGUCGAAGUUGGUAACAUGGUGGGAAAGAAUGUGAAUUCAAACAGAAAUCCUGAGACUAUUAGUAAAGACACGGGUGAUGACGAGGAUCCGUAUUACUUUAAGUUGGGAGGAUCUAAACGAGGAAGCUCCACAGCUCCUGCAUCUUUACAUCUUACCCAACAACCAGAUGGUAAACCUCCUACUACAGAGACAGCCGGCAACAAGGUAAACCGGAAACCACCAAUCGCUGCUAAACCAAAUCUUGCCACGCAAACGAAAGGUUCCGUCGAGGAGAGUGCCGACUACGACAAACUCGAUCGGUCUGCCUUCCGCAAGCAGGACUCGGAAGAUGUUAAUGCAAAUGAAUACAAUAAACUUUUACCGCGGUUGGCGGUCUCAAACAACACAUGCUCGGAUUUACCAAGUGACGGAUAUCUGAAGGUGACAUUAGGGAAUGGAAGACAUUGUGGAGAUGAUAAUGGUGAUGAAAGUCUUAUGGAGGCUAAUGACUAUAAUAAACUUGACAGGGGAGUAGAGAAAGAAAUUGACAGUUUGGCGGUUGCAGAUAAGUGAUCGUCUCUUCCUCAAGGCAGACUGAAAUUAACACUUGACUCGUACUAUCAUUUCAUUCAACAUGCUGUAAUCAGUACUACAUUAUGAUCAAGGGUGUGGUGAAAUGUCCGUAACUUAGAGCAAGUUAUAUCUUCAUGUGUUAUUCACAGUAAUUUAUAGAGAAAAUGUGUGUAAUUGGCAAUAGCGAAGAGUAUGUACUUGAUAUCGCUGUAUUAACUAUUAAUUCAACCUCUUGCAAGAAGUGAUCUUGCACUGAAAGAUUCAAGAAAUUUUGGAAAACUAGAUGAAAAAAAAACCCACAACAAAUUAUUAACAUGACCAAGGCCUCAUUCUCAAACCACCUAGGAGUAUAUUGUGCCCAAUGUCAUUUUACUGACAACAUAUACAUGAGUAAUGAUUUUUCGAUCACAUUAUUGAAACGGUCAAGUCAAAAUGGUUCACAAAGAAAUUUUGACACUUUACGUCCUCUCCAGAACUCAUCGAUGGGGCUGACUGACUUUUAGGAGCAAUGCCUGUUGACCAGUGACGGAACUUCGGUAAAACGAAGUUCAGGCUGUCUAUAGAUGUCUCGGUGUGUUUUACAUUCAUUAGACUGGCUGAUGAUGUCAGAUCCCCACUUUCUUUUUUCUUAUGUUAUUACAUGAAAUCAUCGAUUGUUUCAUUUUUUUUCAUACAUGUGUAAAUGUUGUGUCUCCAUUAUGAUGAAAUAGAUUGCGUCAAUGAAUAAAUAGUCUAGUGCACUUUAUCAGUUGUCAAUCCAAUUGCUUUAGUUCUUGGUACAAACUUUUUGAAUAAACCUAAUUUCAUAUAAUAAAAUACAAAAGAACAAGUGGAGAUAUGACAUCAUCAGGUGGGCUGAUGAAGACAUGCCUAUAAAACAGUUUCACAAGAUUAAUGAAAAUCUUUAAAAUUCAAUAACUUCGUUAUAUCAUAUGUCAUCUGAUUUUUAUCAAAUUUUCAGCAUUUUGCUCUGUGAAUUUAACUCUAUUAUUGAGAUAUAAGUAUCUACAGCCUGGACCAUCCCUUUAACUUACGGACAGCUUUAUGAAACACAACCAGGCUCUUUUGAAGACAGAUCAAUGAGCUACGGAGAAAAAUCACUGAUCUAGAGGUGUAUCUUGUCAAUUUGAUCAGAAACAUUGUGUUCGGGGGCGUUCCAUGAAAGGACUUGUCAGACAUUUUAUCCGACAGGUACCAGUUUAUCCGACAGUUACCAUGGGAACAGUGCCUCUCAGCCAAUCAAAAUCAAGGAAAAAUAUCAGAUCUGACAACUUGUCGGAUGAAAAUAUUGAUGAAACGCUCCCCAGAACUGACUCGUAUAUACCAUAUGGCUUGAUAUAAGUAAUAAUAUGUGCACAUACAAUAAGGGAUUUAUUUUAUUCGGAUUAUGAAAAGUGUUAUUCUAUGGAAAUGCGGGAGGGGAUAAUAUCACAGUGUCAUGAUUUAUAUUUCGUUCGAUAGGGAAUAAUUGGGAUGUGCGUAGUCCGCAUAUUUUGUAAUCGCUGUAAUCAUAAUUAUACUUAUUUAUCUAUGUUUGUUAAUUGCCGACAAUUCAAGGGUCAAGAGCCCGUUUCAUAAAUCUAGUAUUAUCACAAAUUUACAAUAUCACUUUAAAGCUACAAAUCAAUAAAUUUGAUUGGAUAAUAACCAACUUGUUAAUAUAGAAAUUGUACUUUGUUGUUAUAACAAAAUUAUGUUUAGGAAAUUUGUCCUUGAUCUACCAAAAGCGUUUGUAAAAAUAAAAGAGAAAAUAUGUA